AUGAGAAGUUCUGUGAAUGCCAUUUUAUAUUAUUAAUGGUGCUGUCAAAUUUUACUUCAUAAAUGGAUGUAUAAACAAAAUUCGGCAGCUUUUAUUGUAGAGUUCGCUCGAGAAAUAAAUUUGAAUGAUCGAUAAUUAUCAGUUAUUUAAAAAUAAAGUAGAAGGUGCAUUCUGUUUGAGUUGAGCAGUGUUUGAAAUCCAAUCUUCCUUAGACUAGAUCUGAUUUGUUUAGUGCAGAAAUUCCUGGAUAUCUCUUUCAGAAUAACUAGUAAAGUUUUAUCGCUUUAUUGAAAUAAUCCAUAAUAUUCAUGUAGAAUAUAAAUAUAGUUUUGCCGGCCAAAGAUAUCACCAGUUAUGGCGGCUCAUUUGAAUUCAUUUGUAAACAAAUUGAAAUGAUAUUCUGAGACGUCGAAAUGGACCCAGUAUUACAACGUUUCGGAGAUGUUACUAUUCAGAGGGUUGAAAAACCCAAACCACCACCUACAUCUGCAUCUCAAUUUCCUGAAACUUCCAUCAAUAAAAGAGAAAAGUCUGAAGAUGAGGAAGAGGAAUAUUACAGUAGUAUGGAAGAAGAUAGUUUCGACGAAGAAGAUGAAUCUCCUGUUAACCUUAAAAGACCUAUAGAAAAACCUUUUUCGUCUGAACAAGAACCAGUUUCAAAAAAAUUGAAACAAACUCCUCCACAUCCCAUUUUGGGUUUAAAUACUAACAUACCUAGUGGAAUAACAAUUGAUAAAGUAUUAGAGAAAAAACCACUUGAUAUUUUGAAUAAUUUCAGUGAAGAUGACAUACCCUCUGAAUUUGGUACUGAUUCUGAGAUGGAAUCAGAUGAGGAUCUUGGUAUUCCUGAACAAGUCUCAGAAAAAGUCUCAGUUAAGGAGGAGGUGGAAGAAGCUGCUGAUAAUUCUUUCUUAGAAAAGUUGGUUGAGGGUCCUUUCAUGGAACCUUGUUCUAGUAAAACUACCCCAGUGUGUCCACCAACAAAGUCAACUGAGUCAGUUCCGUCAGAAAACGAGGAUUAUGAUUAUGACAUAAAAGAAAAAUUAAAGGAAAUGGGAGAAAUUAGUUUUGAAACUGUAAAGAAAGGGGAAAAACCUAAAAAGGUGGAGGUUAAAGUUGAAAAUGAAGUGGUAGUUACUCCAGCUAAAAAGCCUGGUGAGGGAGACGAAAUAGAUCGUAAAACAAUGGCUGCAUCAAAUUUGAGAAGGAAUAUAAGGGAGGUAAUGGAUGAGACUAAAUUGGAUGAAUCUACCCUUGCAGCUCAGAGGCUUGAAAUGGAAAGAUUACAGAGGGUGCAGGAACAACAGAAACUUCUAAGAGAGUUCCAAAAACAAGCUGCUCAGGAAAGAAUGCAAAAUAAAGUAAUAUCUUUACUUCAAGGAAAUAACUUUUCAAGACCAGGCCCCUCGACAGCCAGGAUAGGAAGCACAGUAUUAGUAAAAUUGCCAAAUGGCCAGACUAAAUCUAUGACACGACUGCCAAAACGCCCAAUAGAAUUAAUGAGAGUACCAAAAGCAAUGGGGCCAACUUCAAUGCCCGCCCCUAGGCCUGGAAAGAGUCUUCUAAGCAUGAAAAAACCAGGAAGUCAUUUGACGCCUUCAGUUAGCAUUGCUCCAGUUCCGGGAAGCAAAAAGCUCCCUGUUCCUCUAAACAAAUCUUUUCAAAGUGACAGUGAAAGUGACGGAGAAGAAUUCGCAGGACUUUUCCCCCGAAAGAAAGGAAAAGAAUCUCAGUCAUCAUCUAGCACCACAACAAUAGACAUAUCUUCAGACGAUGACUGCAUAGUGGUUUCCGAACCAGAAGGCGAUGGCCCCGAAGAGGAGGAAGAAGAUCCUACCAAUUCGGGUAUGCACACCAACGACGAGUUCAACGCACCAGAUGCCGAAGGCAGGGUGUUGAUCAACGUGGGACAUCCCGAAAAUGACCCAGAUAUAUUCUUAGCACCCCAAAUCGCUAGGAUAAUUAAGCCCCAUCAGAUCGGAGGGGUUAGAUUUUUAUAUGACAACGUUAUUGAAAGUACAAGCAGGUUCGAUAGUUCGCCAGGUUUUGGGUGUAUCUUAGCCCACUCCAUGGGCCUGGGAAAGACCUUGCAGAUAGUAUGUUUCUCCGACAUAUUUCUCAGACACACAUCGGCAAAAACUAUAUUGUGCAUAAUGCCGAUCAAUACGCUGCAGAACUGGAUGGCCGAAUAUAACAUGUGGGUACCGACCGAAGAAAAUGCGGGUGCUAGCCCCCUCAACAGCCACGGAGAGGUCAGACCUAGGAAUUUCAAUCUCCACGUAUUGAACGACAGUCAUAAGACCUUGACAGCCAGAUCGAAGGUUAUCAACGCUUGGAGGGCCCACGGUGGCGUCCUUCUGAUGGGUUACGAGCAAUUCAGACUGCUCUCUCUGAAGAAAAACCCGAAAACUAGACGGAAAAACAUGGAGCCCCAAGACGAUACGAAGAACAAGGUUAUGUUUGAUGCUGUUCAUCAGGCUCUGAUCGAACCGGGGCCCGACCUGGUCAUCUGCGACGAAGGUCACAGGAUCAAAAACUCCCACGCUUCGAUAUCUCAGGCGCUGAAAAUGAUGAAAACGAAACGAAGGAUUGUUCUGACGGGGUAUCCACUGCAGAACAACCUGAUGGAGUACUGGUGCAUGGUAGAUUUCGCUAGGCCCAAUUAUCUGGGUUCAAAGACGGAAUUUUGCAACAUGUUCGAACGUCCCAUCAUGAACGGGCAGUGUAUAGAUUCAACAGAAACCGAUAUAAAAUUAAUGAGGUAUAGAGCACACGUUCUUCAUUCUCUUCUGGUCGGUUUCGUUCAAAGAAGAUCCCACAGAGUGUUGCAAACUGCUCUUCCGCAAAAAGAAGAAUAUGUUCUUUUAGUUAGGAUGACGAACUUCCAGAGGAAUCUCUACGAAACCUUUAUGAACGAAGUUGUACGUAUCCAGUCUGUCCCCAAUCCCUUGAAGGCGUUUGCGGUUUGUUGCAAGAUCUGGAACCAUCCCGAUGUGCUGUAUAAUUUCCUGAAGAAGAGGGCCGAAGGAUGUGCCAGGGAUAUCGACCUAGAAGAAGUUGCUAGUGUUGCCAGCACGCCAAGCGACACUUUAACAACCCCCGCCCCCAAAGAGAAGAAAACACCUGCAUCGAAAGCGAAAAAAUCGUCCCCCAGAGGAAGGCCCCCAGGUACCGGUAACAAGCCGGCAGCUUCUGUGACUCCGUAUAACAGCGCGGCAGAGGGUCAAACCAACGCCGUCCCAGAAAACCCUUCGGCCAACGCCAAUCAGGGUGCCAAAACAUUCGGACCGCCACCACCCUUCUUCGAACAGUCCAACGCGCAGUUCCCAUCUAGCUUCCAGUCCAAGCCGCAGCAGCAGUUCAACUCGAACUUCCAGAACAACGCGUACCACGAAGACACGCGCGGUUCAAACUACAACGAGAACACCAAUUGCAGCUUCGACAUGUCCCAGAAUCCCACACAGGUGUCUUCGGAGUCCAACAAUUUCAUGGAGGCAGCUUCCCAAGACUCCAGUCAGACGGAUACCAAGAGCUACCUGGACAUAAGCAACCAGAAGGGAAAACCGGUCGAUUUGUUCGGUCGAGGUAGCCAGUUCCCUCAGAACUUUGGUAACGUGCAAGGAAACAACCAGAACUUCAACUUCAAUCAGCCGGAUUACCAGCAAAACUCCCAGCAGCCGGGUUUCCUGAAUAAUCAGAAUUUCCAGAACGGGCAACAGAGCAUGUGGUCCCAGAAUGAUAACCCGAUGGAACUUCUCAAUUCUGCCUUCAACAUGAACUACAACAGCAACAGCAACUCGAACUCUUCCUGGAUGAAAAAGGAGGAGAAACCUGCCACAUCGGUCAACAGUCCGGUUAAGAACGAAUUGAGCAACGAUUCCAAACCCAAGAUCAAUAUUAUCAGCGAUAUCAAAUUGCCCUCACUGUUCGGUGCGAAUCUCAGUUUGAACUCGAACAGUACGGAUAAGAAGAUUAAAAUAAUAAGCGACAUUAAAAUCGAGCCCAAAAAGGAAGAGGAGAACGAUAGCAAAGAGGUGAAGGCAGAUGUUAAGGAUGUUGUGCCGUUACCUGUUCCGACGCAGGAGAAUCAGACACCGGUGAAGGAAGAAGUUAAGAAGGAUGAGGUUAAGUUGCUGCCACCGGAAUCUCCGGCAGUCAAAAAUAAUAACAGUUUCCUCAAUUUCAAAGAUAAGGAAGAUUGUGGAAUUCCUUACGAUUGGGCCUUGGAGCUGCUGAAAGAUUACAUCCCUGGUUGCAUAGAGAACUCGGCGAAAAUGGAGAUCCUUUUCUGCAUAAUCAAAGAAAGCAUAUCACUCGGAGACAGAUUACUAGUUUUCAGUCAGUCUUUGAUAACCUUGGAUUUGAUAGAACAGUUUCUGCAAGCAUCUUUAGUACCCGGAGAUACAGUUAAUUGGUGCAAAAAUGUCAGCUAUUACCGUCUCGACGGUUCAACAAGCGCGUUGGAGAGAGAGAAACUCAUAAACGAAUUCAAUUCCAAUCCGAAGAUCCACCUGUUCUUGGUCUCCACCAGAGCGGGGUCUCUAGGUAUCAACCUUGUGGGAGCGAAUCGAGUUGUCGUUCUGGAUGCUUCCUGGAAUCCCUGCCACGAUACACAAGCAGUAUGCAGGGUGUACCGGUAUGGUCAACGAAAACCUUGCUUUGUUUAUCGACUGGUGGUCGAUAAUUGCCUCGAGAAGAAGAUAUACGACAGGCAGAUAAACAAGCAAGGAAUGUCAGACAGAGUGGUGGACGAGUGCAAUCCGGACGCCCAUCUGACGAUAAAAGACGUUAGCACCCUGUGCUGGGACAAGAAGUACGACGAAGGAGAAGAAAAAGACUGGUCCAACGUGAGAGACAACUACAUCGACGUGGUGCUGCAGAAGGUGCUGGAGAGGCACGGCAGACGGCUGAAUUGCGAACCGUUUCAACACGAAUCGCUGCUGGUGGAUAGGAAGGAGAAGCAGCUUUCGCAGCAGGAGAAAAGACUGGCCAAGAAGAGUUACGAGAGGGAGAAACUGGCCUCGAGACAGCCCACCUACAGCGCGGGCAGUAUGGCCAGAGGGCACAGGCCUGUGGCCUCCGUCAGACCUAUGCAACAGGGAGGUCAAAGGCCCCCCUUUAACCAAAGACUUGUUCCAGGGAAUGACAGACCGUCUAGAUGGAUCCCUGCUGAGCAUUGGCAGAGGCAGGGCAUGACCGCCCAAGAGAUGACCCUGCCCCUCGACGUGGUGAUCCCCACCAACCAGCCGGAGAGGGGCAGUAUCGUGCUCAAGGCCGGUCAAAAGGUAUUGGUGCUAAAGUCACCAAAGGGCGUAUACAUGCAGCUGGAGAGUGGGAAGAUAGUGGCUAUCAAGACCGCUAUAAAGGUCAAGGGUAAGGCGGAGGAUAGCGUCGAUCCGUCGAAGAAACCGCCCCUUCUACCUCCCUCCAUCAAGAUAAACCCCGCCCCUCCGGGCGCGCCACAGAAGAAGGCGGUGAAACCGUUUACCCCGUCUGUGACCAAGAUGAACGUUAAGAGCGUCAAGCAGACGGUUCCCAACCUGGUGUCCAGCAUACAGAGCGUCACCAAGAAGUCCCAGACGAUGAUGAAGUCUCGUCCGUACAAAAUUGGCUUGGAAAUCGCGAAAAAUCUCAUUCAGAGCCAGAAGGAGGAGCCACUCCCUUCGAGCAGCGACGAAGAACACGCGCCGGUGGCCAAGGAGAAGUUAGUACAGAGGAAGGAGGAGGCCAAGUCUAAGAGCGAGGAGCUGGACGAGAUCGAGAAACACAUCUCGAUGCUUAGGAGUCACAUCUCGAUCAAGAGGACUUCUGUACCAGCACAGACACCUAGCGCGAAGGUGGAACAGAAGAAAAUCAAUCAGUCCGUUUUGGAGAAAUUGGAGAGGACAACCUCAUUGGCUCUGACUGAUAACUUGCCUUUCCCGGAUUCCUUGGAAAGUAUAACGAACAACAGCUUCAAAGACGACAACGUUGACGACGAAGCGGAAUCCGCCACCUCUUCUGUUGACAUGAACAUGAAACAAGGCGUGAGUGAUGCCAGCGAUCACAGCGACGAAGUGACCUACGUUUCAGAGCAGCCGCCCCAGUAUCCACUUCAGAAUCCGCAACAGCAGGCUGUCCUAGAGCCGAAAAUAGAACCGACCCAGCAGGAUUACCCCUACAACUACUACAACUAUCAGCCCUAUCCCCCACCACAAGGCUAUACUUAUCCCCAACCGCAGCCCUAUGACAUUAUCGGAGGUUAUCCCGCUCAGCAGCCCCAGCCCCCACCGCAACCACAGUACAAUUACCCCUAUCAGGGUUAUCCCCCACCGCAGCAGUAUCACGCCCCUCACCCCCAACCGCCAAAUUACGAUUACAACGCGCCUCCUGCACCCCCACCGCAAACGAUCUACCCUCCCUACAAUCCCUACCCUCAACAGUAUCCCCCUCCGCCGCAUCAGGGCAUGUAUGGCCCCGCCCAAGUCCCGCCUGCCGCCCCGCCCUACCAAGACUAUCAGUACCAACAGAUGGGCGGUACCCAGCCCCAGAGUCAAGCCAAUCAGGCGGCUCAUCCCGUGGCAUCUGGCUCCGCCCCCCAAACGUAUUAUCCCAAUUCGUAAAGUGUCAUUUAGUGCAAUCUUAUUAUUUAAUUUAUUUGUUAUCGUGGAUGUAUGCUCCCGCAGUAGGUACAACAAUCACAUCACCACAGAAAUAAUUUGCAUUCCAUUUAUGAUUCGGGAUCGUAGAAUCACUUUAAGGUAAAAAGAAAAUUUUUGUCUGUUGUAAUUGGAAAAUGUGUAUGGAGUAGUACAUAACCAUUUGAAACAAUUCGAAUCCAGUUGGCUGUUUUGUGAUAAACUUCUUCUUUGAAAUUUUCGGAAGAAACUGCCGCAAUACAGGUUUUUUUUUUGUAAUUAUGUAAAUUUAAAUUCAAAAUUUCACUGUGCAGUAAUACAUAGAUGAAAAGUAUUGUUUUGGUGAUUUUUUUAGAAUUAUAUAAAUCGAGAAUUUAUGUAUAAAAUCUAAUUUUUUUUUCUUGGUUCGCCCAGUUCAUUUUACUGUUGGAAAUCUUUUUUAGGUAGAUUGAUGAUUGAUUAGAUCUAGAAUUUAGGUAGGAGAAACGUUGAUUUGCUUAUUACAUAAAACCAUAUAUGUUUGAUUAAAUGUAACUGUAAAGAAAAUUCUUAUCUUGUAACAAGAUAUUUCAUGGAACUGAUUUUUUCCUAUAAGCAUAUUUAACACUUCAAAUUGUAUAAUUUUUAUUUGCAUUUAUUUAAAAUUAUAUUUUACAGUGUAUUUA